GACACGCAGACAUGAAUAUUUAAUCUGGUUUAUACUUGUUUUGUUGAUAUUUUCGAGGCCGCUGCAGGUGCCACUGGAGGCGUGUUAAUCCUCGUCACAGGGUCAGCUGUGAUUAAUUCAUCAAGUUCUUUUUAAAUAAACACAAACAGCGGCGACGUUUUCAAACACAAACGACGUUAUUUAAACAUUUUUGGAUAUGUUCAUAUUCUAGUUAACGUUUGUUGUUGGGAAUUGGUGACACCCUUUUGGUUUAAAUUCUCAAAAUACUUGACGUUAGCAUAUAUGCUAAUUGUCGGCAAAAUACUUGCGUCUCGCGCAAUUUUUUUUUUUUUUUUUUUUUUUUUAAAGCUGUGCGCGCGAGUUCUGACGUAUUUUUGCUCGUCAUAUUCUCUGUGCACUGAGAGACAGCGACCGCGUCCCAAACCUCUGUGCACCUGCACUGAACAGGACGUCAAAAUAGUGCGCAGCCGCUGAUCUGGAUGCAGGCAGGCGCAAGAGGAAUCACGUGACCGUCAGUGUCAUUAUAGAUAUGUGUCUGAGUGCCAUCAGGUCCGCGGGUUUGCUCAUCCGAUAAGUUGAUUUCCUGUGACGAGUUUGUUUGUUUGUUUUUGUUUUCUUGGAGAUGGACAUAGAUCAAUAUACGUAGAUUAGAUUAAUAUACUGAUCUUCUCCAUGUCAAAAAGAAGCAUCGUCAUGGCCACAGCUUUGGACGACACCAGCGUGCUGGAGGAAGAGCUGACGUGCCCCGUGUGCCUAGAUCUUUACCGAGAGCCCCACCUGUUGCCAUGCGGCCACAACUUCUGCCUGCAGUGUCUGCGGAGGCUGAAGAGCCGCUCAGAGCGCGGCCGUCUGCGCUGCCCCGAAUGCCGAGAGAGCCAUCGCUGCUCCACGCAAUGGCAGAAGAACUUCAAGCUCGCCAACAUCGCUGAUGGCUUACGGCGCCGCAGCCGUGCCCAGAGGUCCGGCCACAGCCGACCAGGACCCUCAUACAGGACCAGUGAGGUGCGCUGUGAUUAUUGUAGUCCGGACGUCACUGGCGAUUCAGCCAAGAGAUCCACAGCGGUGAAGACGUGCCUGAAGUGCGAGGUGUCCAUGUGUCCAGAGCAUGUUCAGCACCACCUCGAGCUCCCUGCCUUCCGCGAGCAUCCACUGGUGGAGCCACUGAGCGACAUGAGGAAGAGAAAGUGCAUCGAGCAUGACGAGAUGUUUCGAUAUUACUGUAUGGACGAGCGCAAGUUCCUCUGCAAUGCCUGCACCAUUGAGGGAGGGCACAGCAAGCAUGCUAUCAAAACGCUCAAGAAUACCAUGAAGGAUCUGCGGGCAUCUCUGGAAACACAACUGCAGAAGGUGGACAGGAAGAUCAGAAGAGUAGAGAAAACUGUGCAGGAGCAAAGAGAGGUGGAACAGCAAAACAAGGCCUUCCUGGAGGAAGUGGACAAGCAGGUGGACACCCUACGAGGGGCUCUGAUGACCAGGCUGGAUGGAUUCCUGUCGUCGCUGAGUGAGUGUGUGCGUGCCUACGAGGGGGAGAACAGCCUCAGCAUCCAGCAGGAAUUAGUGCGAACAGAAGAGGACCGUAGUCGCCUAGGAGUUGUGCACGCAGGCAUCGAGCAGCUGCUACAGGAGAAUGACCCAUUCCAGUUCAUUAAGGAAUAUAUGUCAUGUGCCAGAAGUUACCGCAGGCUUCUGAAAAGGCCACUGUUUCAGCCACACGCUGCGACAGUGGAUACGGAGGUCAUUGAGGAACGUAUGGAAGGAAAACUGGAGGAUUUUAUGGCUGAUCUGCGGGAACACAUCACCGCAUUCAUUAACACUGUCUGUACAGGUGAUGCGGUAGAUGAAGGAGAUGAGGGAGUGGAAGAGGAAGAGGAGGAGGAGGAUGAGGAGGAGGACAGCGAUGAAAAUGAAAACGAAAAUGAUAGCAGUGAUGAAGACGAAGGGCAAGAGGAAGAGAUGAGCGAAGAAGAGGAAGAGUAUGACCACAGCGAGUCUGCUACUGACUAUUCCCCAGAGGAGGAAGAAGAAGAGGAGGAUGAGUAAUACUAUCCUCACUGAGCCUUCUCCACACUUGUCCCUCUUGUGCUGCCAAAACAGCUCUGUCCUGUUGAGACAUGGACUCCACAAGCCCUCUGAAGGUGUGCUGUGGUAUCCGGCACCAAGUCGUUAGCAGCAGAUCCUUUAAGUCCUGUAAGUUGUGAGGUGGGGCCUCCUUGGAUCAGACUUGUUUGUCCAGCACAUCCCACAGAUGCUCGACUGGAUUUAGAUCUGGGGAAUUUGGAGGCCAAGUCAACACCUUGAACUCUUUGUCAUGUUUUUGCCAAAGAGUUGUCAUGUUUUGUUUUUCUGACAGGGCGCAUUAUCCUGCUGAAAGUUGCCACUGCCAUUAGGGAAUAGCGUUGCCAUGAAGGGGUGUAUUUGGUCUGCAGCAAUGUUUAGGAAGGUGGUAUGUUUCACAAUGAUCACACGCAUCAGUGCGCCUGGGGCGCCCAUGACCUUGUCACUGGUUCACCGGUUGUCCUUCCUUGGACCACUUUUGGUAGGUACUAACCACUGCAUCCCGGGAAUACCACACAAGACCUGCCGUUUUUUAGAUGAUUUGACACAGUCAUCUAGCCAUCCCAAUCUGGCCCAUGUUAAAGUGGCUCAGAUCUAUACGCUUGUCCAUUUUUCCUGCUUCCAGCACAUCAACUUCGAGAACUGGCUGUUCAUUUGCUGCCUAAUAAAUCCCUCUCCUUGACAGAUGCCAUUGUAAUGAGAUAAUCAAUGUUAUUCACUUCACCUGUCAGUGGUUUUAAUGUUAUGGCUGAUGGGUGUAUAUCUGAGCUGCCCUUUCUGGAUGAAUGUGUUAGUGUAAUAUAAAAUUAGCCUUGUGAAGCACUGAAUGUAACUGCUGUUUUUUUUUUUCUACAUUUCUAAACCUGUAUCAAGCUAAUUUUUGCACUGAAAUAAAUAUUUACUGGGCAUUGGAUAUUUAUAAACACUGACCAUCCAGUUUAUUAGGAACAUCUGUACACUUGUUCAUUCCAUCAUGUGUCAGCAGUGCAGUGCAUAAAACCAUGCAGUUACAGGUCAAGACCUUCAGUUAAUGUUCAUAUCAAACAUCAGAAGGGGGAUAAAGUGUAAUAUCAGUGAUUUUGACUGUGACAUGGUUGGUUUGAGGUUUGGGAUUUUCAGCAGUCUCUAGAGUAUAUAAAAUGUUGCUUGGUCUUUUUCCGAUCUUUACCUGUCCAGCUGAAGUGCGUCUGUGUAAACUGUGGCUUCCGAUUCCUGUUCUUGGCUGGCAGGAGUGGAAACUGAUGUGGUAUUCUGCUGUAGUAGCCUAUCCGCCUCAAGGUUGUGUGUUCUGAGAUGCUUUUCUGCUCACCAUGGUUGUCAAAAGUGGUUAUUGGAGUUAUUGUAGCCUUCCUGUCAGCUCGAAACCAGCCUGGGCAUUCUCCUCUAACCUCUCUCCUCAAAAACGUGUUUCUGGCCAUAGCACUGCUGCUUACUGCAUUUUUUUUUUUGCUUUUCACACCUUUUUGUAUAAAUUCUAUAGUGUGAGAAAAUCCCAGGAGAUAAGCCCCUGAGAUCACAAUCUCCCCCAUUCUAAUGUGUGAUGUGAACAUUAACUGAAGCUCUCGACCUGUAUCUUCAUGAUUUUAUGCACUGUGUUUUUGGCUGAUUGGGUAAUUGCAUGAAUGAGCAGGUGUACAGGUGUUCCUAAUAGUGGCUGGUGAGUGUAUAUUAGACUAGAUGGUCUUGUUUGGAAGGGCAUGUGUACUGCACAAUGUUUUCCAGCCAUAAAUUUGUUUAUUUAAUCAUUUUUAAAGAUAAAAUGUUUGUAGUGUAUUUAAGAAAAAAAAUGAAAUAAUAGUGUUUGCUGUUUAUAGUUUUUUUGACUGAUUAGCUAUUCAUGUUCUUCUCAAUAGUUUUUUGUAAAUAGUUUGUAAAAUGAGCCAAAAUGAGCAAAUUAAAAAAAUAUAUUGAGCAUUGGUUUUGAUAUGACAUUAAUUUAUGAGCAUUAUCAAUGUUUCCAGUCAGUGCUUAGAAAGAAAUCUGGUGGAAAAUUGUUUUCUCUUUGCAUAGUAAUUAAGAGCAGACUGUGAUAUGAUGUAUAAUGAAACACAAAAUGUGAAAUUAUUUUACUUUAACACAGUUACAGCAUUCCUUUCCAGAUUUAUUCUCCCCCUUUCUGUUAUAAUAACCUCCACUCUUCUGAAAAGGCUUUCCACUAGAUUUAUGAUCGUGUCUGUGGAGAUUUGCCCAAUUAGCCACAAGAGCAUUAGUGAAGACAGGCACUGAUGUUGGGUGAGCAGGAUAUCUGCGCCGCUGUCGGUGUUCCAGUUCACCCCAAAGGUGUUCAGUGGGGUGGAGGUCAGGUCUCUGGGCAGGACACUUGAGUGCUCCCACUCCAGCCUUCUCAAACCAUGUCUACAUGGAGCUCGCUUUGUGCACAGGGACCUUGUCAUCCUGGAACAGAUUUGGAUCCCUUACUUCCAGUUAAGGUAAACUGUGAUGCUACAGCCUACAAAGACAUCCUAUACAGUUGUGCGCUUCCAACUUUCUGGCAAAAGUUUAGGGAAGGGCCAUAUAUGGAUAUAAUGAUCAGGUGUCCACAUAUUUUUGACGGUAUAGUGUAGGUUUCUUUCAACUGGAGGUAAAAUAAAAUAAAAAAAGAAUCUAGUAUCUCCAAUAUUCAUAUUUAAAUGAUUAUAAGAGCACAUUUUAGUGUGUAGCAACAUAUUUCAGGCUUACUUUACUGAUUAUAAUUCCUGUUGGCUCUGGGCAGAGAAGAAAUCAGAAAACGUGCAGCCUUUUUAUGCCUCUGCCAUCAAGUGGUGAAGGCGUUCUGUUUUCAGGUUGUUCAUCCGUGCAUUCGUCAGAGCUUUUCUUUAGAACAAUAUCUCAAUAACAAGAGGUUGAAUGUUUGUAGGGUUUAUAUGGAGUUAUCAUUGUAACCAGCUUAUGAACAGGUUAGAUGUAGGAAUUAAUCUGAACAGGAGGAAGGUCACAGCAAGAUCAAAUGUCUGAAAUGUCUUCAAUAGCUUCCUUCCUGUUUGAAGUGUAUUUUAAGGGUAUUUCUACCAUACAAAUUAGCCUGGUGUUCUACUUGUUUUCCCAUAAUAGGCUCUUUAUUG